AUGGUGGCGAUGACUUUGCUGCGUCGAGACGGCCGCGCCGAAAACGAGCUGAGGCCGUUUGCUUCUGAACAGGGUGCGCUUUUUCGAGCUGACGGUUCUGCGCGCAUGUCACAUGGAGGUAGUACCGUGGUGGCGGCAGUGUACGGUCCUGGUCAGGCUCGCAAUUGGCGUGCCGAGAAGGCUGAUAUGGCAACGCUGGACGUGUGUUUCAAGCUUGAGAAAGGCAUUUCAAUAGCAAUCAACGCGGUGAGUUUGGCGCUCAUGGACGCUGGUGUUCCCAUGGCGUCGGUAGUAACGGCGACCUCAUGCAGCAUUGCUAUGGACGGCAACUUAUAUUUGGACCCAACAUCUGCUGAAGAAGAGAAAGCUGUAUCAUGGGUUAUUUCUGCGCGAUCCUGCUCAAAUGACGGAGUGUUGACUUGUAUCACAAAUGGUUUGCUGUCAGAGGAGCAGUAUUUUGCGUGUUCCGAGGCGUGUCAAAGAGCAUCGGAGAGUGUUGCGGUAUUCUUUCGAAUCGUUCAUCAGAAAAAGUAUCCUGUCGAGCCAACCGACCACUGA